GCGUUGCUCGCAGCCGCAGGUGGAGAAGAUUUAGAAUCUCCUCAAAAUGUAGAGGUCAGCAUCAUAGAUGACGUCUUUCUCCUGAAGUGGAACAGUAGCGAGUCUGUCGGCAACGUGACUUUUUCAGCAGAUUACCAGACCUUGAUACAGAUGCAUGAAGAAGACCAGAAGGCUAUAAACUAAAAUGUUGGAAGGACAUUAACUUCAAGUAGAAGAAAUAACUGCUUAAACCAGCUUUGUAAUGUUAGUAAGCAGAGAACUUUGGUGCUCUUUUGCAUGUAUACACUUGCUCAUUCAUUCAUUCUUUGCUCUUUAUUACAAAGACCUGGAAUGCAUAAUUGGAUAGAGUUGCCUGGGUGUCAGUACAUUACUGGUACCACGUGCGACUUUUCUUCAGUCAAGUUAAGUGUGUUUGAAAAAAUUCAAUUACGUAUAAGAGCAGAAAAAGGAAACAGAACAUCUCCAUGGCAUGAGGUUGGCUCAUUUAUCCCGUUUCGCAAAGCUCAAAUUGGGCCUCCAAAGGUGCAUUUAAAAGCUGAAGAUAAGGCAAUAAUAGUCAACAUCUCUCCUCCUGGGACAAAAGAUAGUCUCAUGUGGGCUAUGGAUAUUUUAAGCUUCACAUACAGCGUGGUUAUCUGGAAAAACUCUUCCAGUGUAGAUGAAAGGACUGAGACUGUUUAUCCCGGAGGUAAAAUUUAUAAACUCUCACCAGAGACUACUUAUUGUUUAAAAGUUAAGGCAAGACUACGUUUGCACAGAAAAGUUGGUUCCUAUAGCCCAGUGUAUUGUGUAAAUACCACAGUUGAAAAUAAACUGCCUUCACCAGAAAAUAUAGAAGUUGAUGUUAAAGAUCAGAGCUACGUUCUUAAAUGGGAUUACACAUAUGAAAACAUGACCUUUCAAGCGCAGUGGCUCCGUGCCUAUUUUAAAAAGAUUCUUGGGAACCAUUCAGAUAAAUGGCAACAAAUACCUGGCUGUGAAAAUGUCAGAGCUACCCAGUGUGUCUUUCCUCAAAAAGUUUUCUCAAAAGGAGCUUACUUUCUCCGUGUACAAGCCUCUGAUGGAAAUAAAACAUCUUUUUGGUCUGAAGAGAAAAGACUUGAUACUGAAAUGCAAACUGUCAUACUUCCUCCAGUCAUUAGUAUGAAAUCUGUUGAUAAUUCACUGCAUAUCUAUAUCGGUGCUCCAAGAGAGACUGAAAACAAGUCUACGAGCCAGCAUUAUCCACUUAUUUAUGAAAUUAUUUUUUGGGAAAACACUUCAAAUGCUGAGCGCAAAAUCCUGCAGAAGAAAACAGAUUUUAUUGUUCCUAAUUUGCAACCACUGACUGUAUAUUGCGUCAAAGCCAGAGCAGUCAUCGAGGAUGAAAAAUGGAAUAAAAGCAGUGUUUUUAGUGAUAUUUUGUGUGAGAAGACAAAACCAGGCAAUACAUCCAUAACCUGGAUUAUAGCUGGAGUUUGCACUGCCUUGUUUUCCAUCCCAGUUGCCAUUUACGUUGUGAAAGGCCUCUUGAGAUGCAUCAACUAUGUAUUCUUUCCAUCCUGUAAGCCUCCUCCCAAUAUAGACCAGUGUUUCUCUGAACAGUCACUAAAGAAUCUACUCCUUUCCGCUUCUGAGGAGCAAACUGAAAGAUGUUUUAUAAUUGAAAAUUCGUACAGUCUUGUUACAGUAGAAGAAACCAGUCAAGUUGACGAAGAUCACAAACAAUACAGUUCCCAAACUAGUCGAGAUUCAGGAAACUAUUCUAAUGAGGAUGAAAAUAGCGGAAGUAAAACAAGCAGAGAACUUCUACAACAGGGACUCGUGUGACCAGCGAUGAACUCUAAAAUCGGGGAAGUCUGUGGGAGUUUUUCUGGGGGCCUGAGUUUCUUGCUCUUCUGGGUAACUAAAAUGCAGACGGUUGCUUGUUGGGGAAGGAAAAAAACCUUCAAGUCAGAGGUCCUUAAAAUACAGGUCUAAGCGCUUAACUAUUUAAAGGGGAAAAUACAGAAGUUGGGAGAAAAUUUUCUGUAUUCUCUUUCAUAUGUAAUUCUUAAAAGGCUUUGCCUUUGACAAAAUGAGUUAAACCAAGAAGAUGGCCAGAUGCCUUUCUAAUGAUAUCUUAAGCAUCACUGUGUUAACUGUAUCUGGCAGCUAAGGAUGUAUCUGUGUUCCUGUCAGGGAAUACUGGGAGCCCUGGUGGCACAGUGGUUAAAGCACGCGGCUGCUAACCCGAAGGUCAGUGGUUCAAACCCACCAGCCGCUCUGUGAGAGAAAGUUUACUCAGUUUACUCAGUCCUGAAGGAUCGCUGUGAGUCAGAAUCGACUCAGUUGGCAGUGGCUUUGGUUUUCAAGGAAUACUGCCCUGGCUGCUGCUGGUUACUGCGUAUGCCAUCUCUGCCUUCUCCAGGCCCAGCACUGUAUUUCAGUAUUUUUCCAAGGGAUAUUGAGAACAUUCGGUCUUUUUUUUGACCCUGAGGGAGGCCCUUAAGUAGCUUACUCUAGAAGACAGUUCCAGAUGCCUGAAAGAUGAUAUGUGAAAAUUUUAGGGCAUUCUGUCCAUUUAUCCCAAGAUCCGUUGGCCCCGCAUCACAGUUACCUACUCCUUACGUGAUUAGACUUAAAACCAGUAGUCUGCUCACUGUACGUUAAGACUUCCUGGUUAGUAACCCAUCAGACAGUAGCUGGAUCAGAAUUCGCAAUCACUAAAGUUAUAGGGAAAUGGGCAGCUGUCAAAUUAGAGAAGUCACUUCUUUUUUAAGGUCUGGGAACAUGCAAUGCUGAGUUCUAGUUUAUUCAAGGAGCCUUAGGGCCGGAAGAUGCUGAGUGGUAAGAAGUAGAAUAACUCAGUAGGAGUACUGUGUAUAAUCAGCCUUUAAUUGCUAACAUACUCUGAGGUUAGUUUGUUAUUAUGGCCGAUCUUUGUCAUUUUAAUACCAGGCUAGCUUCUCUACACUGUCUGGCAGUAUUCAGGUACCCCUUCUGCUCAGCCUGCAUGUUCUCAAGAAAAUGCAGCUUAUUUAAUAUCAAUAUGAGGGAGAAAAUGUAUCUAGGAAAAAAAAGAACCUAUUUAUAAAAACUGUGUGAUGCUUUCCAAAGGCAGCCUAUAGCAUAUUUUUAAAUUAUUUGAUGUGUGGGAUUAUCUGUGGAUAUCCUCCUUAUGAAGGAAGUCGAGGAAUUCUGGUGGCCUCUAGGGCAGAAUUGUCAACGUGAGUUGUUCAGCAGGGACCAGUGAAAGAGAAAAGUGAAGUUACAGAGAGCAUUCUGGGAAGUGCAUAGAACUGCUAUUUCUUUAGUAGUCUUCACUGAGGUAACAGGCUCAUCUUGGGAGAAAAGGUUGAAAGCAGCUUUUCUAGAGAGGGCUGUGACAUGAUGCUCAGCACAUUCCCAGCACCGUCGGCCACAACAGGCACCUUCUGGACCCGCGGUCAGGCUUCCGGAGUCAUGUUACAAUGGGGAACCAAGGAUCUCUGCUGCAGAGUCCACACCAUGACCCAGAGGCCUGUGGUUUGAAGUACAUCUCCCGGGUCAGCCUUAAAUACGUGAAGGCCCUGUCACCUUCCAGAUGUGUUUAAGGGAGGUUAGGAACAUGUGAUGAGCCUCUGCCCCCAGGAGCUGUCACACUGCACCAGUGGGGCAGCCCCACCAGGCAUUCAGGCCCUGGAUUUACUGCACUAAGGGCUUCCGGGGCGGGACAGCGGAAAAAGAAACCACACCUUUGUGAAAUGUGGAGAGCGAGAACUUAGACAUGAAAAAUAAUAGACCGAUGAAUUGUUAGAUUUCUUAGAUGUGGGAGCACAUUUCUUCAGGUGUAAGCGUUGAAGCAGGCCGUGUUUCAGUGACUAAGCCCUGGAGCAGCAAGCGGGGAAAGAAACAGAACAGGUGUCUGUAUUCCAGACAGGAAAUGGCAUUCCAUUCUGUAUGGUAUUCUACAUCUUGCUUAAUCAGAAUGUGCUUACUUGUAAGGUGAUAGGUGUUUUUUCUGAAGAAUAUUUUACUUGGACAUUCCAUGUACUUGGCACCAAUCCAUUGCCUCAGAAUUAGAAUAUUGAUAGUUCUUGUACAGGCGGGAUAUAAGAAUUCAUAUGAAGGAACUGUAUCUUUAGAACCAGAGAUCGUAUGAUUAAUAUAUGUAAGUAUCGUGUAUAGUGUAUAUAUGUACAUACAUGUAUAUAAACAGUAGCAUGGACUUGCAAACGCACGCGCACACGCACAAUGGUGGCCUUAUUCCAUUAGUAUGGCCAUAAAUUAUUUACUAGUAUAGAUUCUAAUUAGAAGAUUAGAAGUGCUGCUCAGAACUUUGAACUUUAGAGUCUGACCAGAAAUUUGCAACCUAUAAAACUGAUUUUAAAAUAUAAUUUAGCAUUUGUAUCGUUU